UGAGUUCAAGAGUGUGCAAUGCCCCCUUGUUAUAUCCGAGGUAGCCACUUACCCAGUGGGUUCCCAGCUCACUGUCUAUUAACAAAACAUCGAUGUUUACAACUAUGGUGAAGAAAUCAAUAACGGUGAACAGAUUUUCAUAUUUAAUUGGAUGUGUUCAGAUGCAAAACAGUGCUGCAUUAAUUUCCGCUCAGCAAAAGGACAAAUAAUGCUAUAUACAGAAGUGUUCUAUUAGAAAUCGUCUGUCAAAGCUAACGAAUCUUUCGGCACUUGAUAAACGAGCCGCGCGGUAUAUAGCCCGUACAGGACAGUGACCGGAGUCAGAUAAAGUGUACGGGCAACAUGUAGACGGAGUGUGCCGGUUGUAUCACAGUGCUGACGAUAUGUAUUGGAGGAGAUAGAAUCGUGUUAUACUGUUUAUAAUUUAUGCGACAGCAGAGACCUCACACAGAUUUUCAAUACAUCGCCCCGAGGAUAACGAAAGCGAGGAUGAUGGGUACGAGACUGAGAUGAUGACAUAUCCUGUUCAGCCAUGCUACAAUUGUGGGGCGAGCUUUUACUCCUCCUAGCUAUCACCUCUGGCGCCUACUUCUACUGGUCCUUGUAUAGACUCCACCUACGGUACAAGCACCUGCCAGGUCCCCCGUUAGACAGUUUUAUUGGUGGAAAUGCCCCUUCACUUAUCAGACACAUUAAAGAAGGAGGUCAUUUCUUCUCUUACGUCUUACAAAAUGCUCAGAAGUACGGACGAACUUUCAGACUUAUAAUAAUGAACCAAGCUAUUGUUUUCACGACAGAUCCUACAGCUAUCAAGGAAAUGGUUGUCGCUAACCAUAGAAAACCCAAACAAGUUUACGGGACGAUGGGGCAUAUCUUCGGAGAAAGGUUUCUGGGUGACGGGCUGCUUACAGAGAGUGACCAUAACAACAGCAAGGGCCACAUGCUGAGGCCAAAGCUACAACAUUGGUUUCAGAGAAGUCAGAUGCGGAAUUUGCUUGAUGAAUUUAACGAGUCAGCCGAUGUUCUAGUGAGGAAACUUAGCGAGCUCUCUGAUGGCCGCACACUUAUUAACAUGUUCAACGAAUUCAACCAUAUCGCCUUGGAUUUAAUUGGAAAGGUUGUUUGCAGCGAAGACUUCCAAACUAUCCAUAGCGAUACCAAUCCAUUUAGCAGGGCUUUCCGUGAAGUAUUCGUUGGAAUCAUAAGGAAUGGAAGAAAUCCUCUUAUGGCGUACAACCCGUUGAACUGGGCCUAUUGCCGGAGUGUGAGAAAGUCGUGUGCAUUCCUAAGGCAGUAUUGUUCGUCCAUGAUAGACGAAAGGCUUUCCGCCAUGGCAGAAAAUAACUAUGUUCCUGACGACAUCCUCACCCAUAUGGUACGAGUUUGUGAGCCGAAAAACCAACAUGACCGGCAGAUUCUCUUGGAUAACUUCCUGACAUUGUUCUUGGCAGGCCAAGAAACAACAUCAUGCCUGUUGUCGUUCUGUUUGAUAUGCCUCGGAAAGCAUCCUCAUGUAUUAAAAAGACUUAGAGCUGAAAUAGACAGGGUUGUUGGUGAAAAACCGUCAGUCGAUUUCGAAGACCUCAACCAAUUACGUUAUUUGGAUAUGGUGGUGCAAGAAACUUUAAGAAGAUACCCACCAAGUGCUGCCACCUAUCGGGAAACUAAUCAAAACGAUGUCAUAGAUGGUUAUGCCAUACCCAAGGACACAUCCGUCUGCUUCAGUAUGUACGUUAUGUCGAACCAGGAGGAGUAUUUCACUGAUCCUCUAGAAUUUCAACCAGAGAGGUUCAGUGAGGAAAACAGGAAACGAAUGGGCAGCUACAGGUACUUCCCAUUCUCUAUGGGACCACGAACUUGCGUUGGGAAACAUUUUGCAGAGAUAGAAUCAAAGAUAAUAUUGGUGAAAUUCUUACAAUGGUUCAACUUCACAUUGGAUCCUGACCAGUCAACGGAAAUACAAGAAAUGCUUCUUCAUCGGCCAAAAGAUGGAGCCUUGUGUACACUAACGCCACGUGGUCGAUAAGAUCGGCCAACGAACGGCAUUUGUGUAUGUUCACGUCUGGUGCUCCAUAAUAUUGGUUAAGGAAUGAUAUUUUUGUAUUUAAAUGUCACAUGAUCGGCGACUUAAACGUUCGUUCACAUCACCGGACAGGUGAAAUAGGAAGUGAAAUAGGAAUGGACAGUAUUGUAAUGAUUUGUUUAUCAUAUUCUGAAUAUGAUGCAUUGUUGUACGUUCUCUCGGAAGAAUAGGAGACUUGCACAAUGGACAUCGGUUAUAUAUUGGUUAACCAACGAAGAUAUUUGCGUUAGUAGAUGUUAUGGCAUUAGAUCAGGUACGUUGUCUUGUCAACAGCACACAUUGAGAUUUCAGAUUAUCGAUUCAUACACAGUGUUAUUGGUAAUGCAUGUGCUGGACAGCUCAAGUGAUUCACUGUGUAUCGUUUCAGAUGUCGCCUCCAAAGUUUGGAUACACCAACCUUCAACUAUGUGUCGCUAACACAGAAAGCGAUUUUUUUGUCUUUUCUGCUCUAUUUUAAUUCCGUUGCUUUAGCUGUCAUCCGUGGAACCUCGCUGUAUUCUCAGUAUAGUGUUCGCAUGGCAACCAAUCUUAAGAGUAUGUCACUGAAUGAUUCAAUAGAGGGGAUCGCAUUCAAUAAUUUUGCAUUCUUCAACAUAUUUUUCCUUAUUUCCCUGACCUUAUCAUGGCUGAUUUUUGCCACGAUUGCAAACGAAUGUAAUAUCUAUAAGGUUUACUCGUAAUCUUCUUGGAUUUCUUCAAAUAUCAGGUAUAGCAGCCAGGAACAAUGUGUUGGUAUUACAUUUUGCUGGGACAGUGCGUGUCGUUAAUUAAAUUAUCAUGUUCAGUUUUCGUCAUACUUAAUUUACCUAUAUGGAGAGAAAGAACGCAUCUACCUGUGUUAUCUACCGGUUUGUUGACAAAAAAAAGGUCUUAUUUUUCAGUGUUAUAUAUCGUUUGGGUAACAAGUAACCGGUUUAGCAUCACAUUUCAUUGUUACAUACCGGUGACUACUUUAUUGUGCUCUCGUUGAUCUUUGUAAUACAAUGUAGUAACAUGUCGUAAACAAACAAUUAAAUUGUUUUUCUGCUAAGA